ACUUUUCUUUGUCAGCAAUGAGUAUGUUAGGGAAAUAGCACUGGAAGUUGUCUUCUUUUAUUACUGAGCUGAGGCGGCCAGUUCACCUAGUUCCACAAUGCUAGCCUCGGUGUUCAGGUGUGCGCGUGCCGGGAGCCUCGCUGCUGGCCGCGCGAGUCUGGCCAUUGGCCAACGUCGAAUUCCACAGAGUAACACCAAUUACAAUUUGUUUUCAGUAGUACGACGCUACAAAUCGGACCUUUCUGCUGCGAACAAAGCCGCUCCGGUAGCGAAGAAGAGCAAUUUGUCCAGAACAUGGCAGCAGAUUCGAAAGCUGUUCUCAAUAGCAAGACCGGAGUACGGCCGGCUUGCCUGUGCCUGUGUCCUGCUGCUCAUCUCCACGGGCGUAACCAUGGCAGUGCCGGCGUGUAUUGGUAAAGUCAUUGACAUGAUCUACAGCAGUGCACAGGACGAUGAGCCGGAGGAGAUGAGACGCAAGUUGACAUCGCUGGUGCAACUGCUGGCCAGUAUCUUUGUCAUCGGUGCUGUGGCCAAUUGCGGCCGCGUGUAUCUCAUUCAGACCUCAGGUGCAAGGGUUAUCCGUCGUCUGAGGGAGAAAGUCUUUUCCAACAUUGUCAAGCAGGAAAUGGCUUUCUUCGAUUCCAGUCAUUCAGGUCAGUUGGUCAGUCGUUUAUCACUGGACACGACGAUUGCUGGAAAAGCGCUUACGGACAAUGUCAGCAAUGGACUGCGAUCGCUGCUCCGUGGUGCCAGUGGUCUUGGCAUGAUGUACUAUCUGUCACCACCAUUGGCCAAUGCAUCACUGAUUAUUGUACCGCCAAUCGCAUGCCUCGGUGCCCUGUACGGUGUCUACAUCCGCUCCAUCACGCAGAAAACACAAGACGCUGUCGCUCAGUCUACGCAGGUGGCAGAGGAGAAGAUCAGUAAUAUGAGAACCGUGCGCUACUUCGGACAAGAGGAGAGCGAAGUGCAGCGCUACAAUGGUGAGUUGGAGAAUGUGCUACGAUUGGCCUAUCGUGAGAGCACAGCAAACGCACUGUUCUUCGGGGCGGCUGGACUUGUUGGUAACAUCGCAGGGCUGGCGGUGCUGUGGAAGGGAGGAAUGCUUAUGCAGACUGAUGCUAUCACUGUUGGACAGCUAACAUCCUUCCUAGUCUAUCUGGCGUAUGCUGGAAUAUCAGUGGGAGGCCUGGGUGGAUUCUUCUCGGAGAUGAUGAAAGGCAUUGGGGCAAGCACACGCCUGUGGGAGCUCAGUGAACGCCAGGCUUCUAUUCCUGUUUCUGGUGGUCUGCAACCGGACAAAUCCCUUCUGGCACGCGACAUUCAUUUCCGCGAUGUGGUGUUUGCAUACCCGACACGUGACAGCGUUCCAGUGUUUAGUGGUCUGGACCUGACACUGGAUGCUGGCUCAGUGACUGCAGUUGUUGGUGUCAGUGGCUCUGGAAAGAGCAGUUUGGCCAGUCUGUUGUUGCGUCUGUAUGACUGCAACCAAGGUAGUGUUCUUCUCGGAGACACGGAUAUCAAGCAGCUUGACCCUACCUGGUUCAGAAAGAAUGUGGCCAUUGUUGGACAGGAACCAGUACUGUUUGCCGGUACGAUAGGAGAGAACAUAGGCUAUGGCCGUCCUGCUGUGCUGAGCCUGCCGGCAGAGCAGAAGAGAAAGGUGUUGGUUGAGGUGGCAGCCAAGGCCAACGCUAUGGAGUUCAUCCAGGACUUUCCGGAUCAACUGGACACGGAGAUUGGGGAGCAUGGAGUUCAGCUGUCCGGUGGUCAAAAGCAACGCAUUGCCAUUGCCCGUGCUCUUUUGAAGGAUCCUCAGAUUCUCAUUCUGGACGAAGCAACAAGUGCACUGGAUGCACGUAGUGAGAAGCAGGUGCAGACAGCACUGGAGUCUCUCAUGGCUGAGCGCACCGUUCUGACCAUAGCACACCGACUGUCCACCAUUCGCAACGCCGAUCGCAUCGUGGUGCUGCGCCAAGGCACUGUAGCAGAGCAGGGCAGUUACAACGAACUGAUGGCAACGGACGGAGGGCACUUCCGCAAGCUAGUCGAGUCGCAGGCUCUUCUUGCAUAGAUCAACGGUGGCUCUUCUUGCAUAGAUCAACGGUGGCUCUUCUUGCAUAGGUCAACGGUGGCUCUGGGCUGACCGUGUUCAUUCGGUAAGAGCCGUGAGGUGUGUUUCCCUUUUGAGAUCUGUCCUUCUCUACCCGCCCUCCGUUGCUCUGUGAAGUGCGUCUAGGGUAUUUGUGUGAUCUGCUAUGACUUGACAAGCUGGUGGAUGGUCAGCUGAGUUGUUUGUUGUAUGCCCAAUCAGUGUUCCAGCCUGACCAGCGUAGCUAAUAGCUAUGCUGAUCCUGUCAGUGAUCUUUGCAGGACACUGUCAGGCGUUGAUCAGAUGUACUGCUGCUGCUGCUGCUGCUGUUUCGAUCACUGGCUCCCGGCCCAGUACUGCUGUCCCAUCUACUGUGAUGCGUGCAACUUUACUCGACAUAUGCAUGUUUGUUGGUGUGCACACACACGCAGACACACACACACACACACACACACACACACACACACACACAUGUGCGCACACAUACACACACACACGCACGCACGCACACACACUUGCUGCUACCUUCCCAAACUGGCAGGCCAGAGGGAUGCAUCACACUGCUAUAUUUAUUCAAGUUUAUUUUCCCCACGAGCACCGCUAACCACCGCUAACCACCGCUGAUUUUAGUUACUAGUUGACUCUGGAGAUUGCGCUACUAUUGUUGAUGUAUUGUAAGUUUAUAACUGCCCGCUGGAUAACAACUUAACUGGAAAAUUUUCCUGCUAUCAACAUCAUGUAUGUGUAGGUUAGAACCUGUCCUGCUUUUCGUGCACACAAUCAUGUUGUUGUUGUUGUUGUUGUUGUUGUUGUUGUUGUUGUUGUUGUUGUUGUUGUUGUUGUUGUUGUUGUUGUUGUUCUUGUUGUUGUUCUUGUGCUUUUUUAUUUAUAGUCGUUCAACAUACUGCUGUUUGGAGUAGAGCUAACGUUAGUGUCAUGUCUGUUUGCAUGUGUUGCAAGGCAUGUGCAGCUUAGGUUAGCCUCAGCCCGCGUGACUUGACUUACUACAGCCAUGCUGCAUUGACUGCGGGCUGCGUUUAGCACCUAACAUCUACUGCCUGUACCAAUGUCACUGUGUAGCCUCGCAGUGCAGGACAUAGUAGUAUGUGUGUUUCCCGUACUCGCUAUAACCAUGCAUGAACCUGUUGUGGUGGAUUGCGCAAUAUUGCGUCACUCACUGGCGUACUUCGAAGUACGUGCACUUUA